CAUACAACCAAUGAAAUGUAUUAGGCACCGCAAAGGCGACCGCUUUCGCCAGAGAACCGACUUCAGCCACCGAAGGACGCUUCGGUCCCGCAGCAAGCCAACGGAGCCCAGCAACGACCGCAAAAGUAUUAUCUUCGUCGACGACGACAACCACGAUUUUCAGGUAGCAGAGGAGAACGUGCGGCCAUGCGGAGAAGGAGAGGUUUGGUAUGCGAGAAUACGGGGUAGGUGUUGGCUUCAUAUCGAAAUGGCUGACACUGAGCAACUGCCCAUGGAAGUCGACAAAGAUGCUACUGCGCUCAGAGCGCGAGUUCAAGCGAACACCGACAUCGAACAUACAAUGAGUCUUCGAGACGCCGUCAGAGUAUACCCCAAAUCUGUUCUCUAUUGUGUAGUCCUCAGCAUGGCCAUCAUCAUGGAAGGGUAUCAAGUCGGGCUGGUGCCGUCGCUCUUCGCCCAACCGGUGUUCCAACGCAAGUAUGGUCGCGUUCGUCCGGACGGCCCACACCAGCUUGACAACAGAUACCAGUCUGCCUUGACUGCUGCUGUUCAAGCAGGGUCGAUAUUUUGCUACUGGCUCAGCGGUAUCGUCAUCGAAGAAACCGGCUACAAGAGGUCCAUGCAAGGUGCCCUUCUUUCGCUCACAUGCUUCAUCUUCAUCAUCUUCUUUGCACCCUCAAUUAUCCUCCUUGUCGUUGGCGAAGGUCUUCUUGGAAUACCAUGGGACAUUAUCCAGACAGUGACAACAACCUACGCGGUUGAAGUCAGCCCGAUUGCUCUUAGGGCGUACGUCACUUCUUAACCCGGAGAAUCUUUCGACAUAGACGAUUGGACAGCUCAGUUCCUGAACCGAUACCACAUGCCGGUCGAGCACAGACAUAGUACGACAACACCUGAAAAGGAGUUUGGUGGCUGGGACAGGAACACAAUACAGUCUCUGAACCAGUGGUGAAAGUCGCA